AUGAGCAAUCCACCAAAUCAUGUUGUCCUGCCAGAGCAGGGCAGGAGAAAUAUAUUGAUCACAUCAGCACUGCCUUACGUCAACAAUGUGCCACAUCUUGGUAAUAUCAUUGGUUGUGUACUCAGUGCUGAUGUCUACGCAAGAUACUGUCGUCUGCGUGAUUACAAUUGUAUCUACAUCUGUGGUACUGAUGAGUAUGGCACGGCAACAGAGACAAAGGCGUUGCAAGAGAAGUGCACGCCACAGCAGAUCUGCGAUCGCUAUCAUGCCAUCCAUCGCGACAUCUACCAAUGGUUCAACAUUGGCUUUGACAAGUUUGGUCGUACCUCUACCCAAUCCCAAACCGAGAUUACCCAAGACAUCUUCCUCAAGUUGUACGAACGUCAGCUCACCUUCUCAGAGGAUGUUGAGCAACUCUAUUGUGAGAAGUGUCCAAUGUUCUUGGCUGAUAGAUAUGUCGAGGGUAUCUGUCCACACUGCCAAUUCGAGGAUGCAAGAGGCGAUCAAUGUGAUAGAUGCACAAAGAUGUUGAACCCAACAGAGUUGAUAUCACCACGCUGCAAGUUGGAUGGUACCACUCCCAUUCUCAGGACAACCAAGCACAUCUUCUUGGAUCUGCCCAAGAUUCAACAGAGACUCGAUGCAUUCGUUGACAAGACCAGCAAGAUAUGGACUGAGAACUCUCAAAAGAUCACCAACUCAUGGGUCAAGGGAGAGCUCAAGCCAAGAUGUAUCACCAGAGACCUUAAGUGGGGUACUCCAGUACCACUUGAGGAGUUCAAGGAGAAGGUGUUCUAUGUUUGGUUCGACGCACCAAUUGGCUACUUGUCAAUCACAAAGGAGUACACUCCAGAGUGGGAGAAGUGGUGGAAGAACCCAGAGAAUGUACAGUUGGUUCAGUUCAUGGGCAAGGACAACGUCCCAUUCCACACUGUGAUCUUCCCAUCGUCACUGAUCGGCAGUGACGACCCUUACACUCUGCUGCACAAUCUCAGCACCACCGAGUACCUCAACUACGAGACUGGCAAGUUCUCCAAGAGCAGAAACACCGGUGUCUUUGGAGACAAUGCUCAGGGCACUGGUGUACCAGCGGAUGUUUGGCGAUUCUAUCUGCUGUCCAACAGACCCGAGAACCAAGACUCUACCUUCUCCUGGGAUGACUUUGGAUUCAAGACCAGUGAGUUGUUGAACAACUUUGGUAACUUUGUCAACAGAGUUUUGAAGUCUGUAGUAUCAUCAUUCGAUUGUAGAAUACCAGAGAUUCAAUUGCAGGAGAGCGAUGAAGUGUUUAUCAAGGAGGUGGACAAUCUCUACCAACAGUACUUGGAGGCAUUGGAGAAGGUCAACAUCAAGGACGGCCUGAAGCUCGCCAUGACCAUAUCGAAGCUUGGCAAUCAAUACAUGCAAGAAAACAAGCCUUGGGCAUUGGAGAAGACCGACAAGGCCAGAUGCGGCACCAUUCUGGCCGUGCUUGUCAAUGUGAUCAAGCUGUUGGCCACCGUCUUUGAGCCAUACCUGCCCGCCAUCACCGGCAAGAUUCACGAGCAGCUCAACUGCGCCCCAUCAAAGUACACCCCAUGCUUUGAGUUCCUUAUCAAGGCUGGACACGAGAUCUCCAAAAACAUCGAGCCACUCAUUCAGAAGAUCGAGAAGAAGGAUCUGGAUGUGUACCGCGAGAAGUUUGCCGGCACUGUCCAGGGCGAGUUCCCAAUCGACUUGCAGGUCGCUGUCAUCAGAGAGGUCGAGGAGCAUCCAAAGGCCGACCACCUCUACAUCCUCAAGGCCGAGAUUGGCAAGGGCGUGCAGAGGAAGGUCGUGGCCGGACUGAAAGCCACCCACACCAAGGAACAGCUCAUUGGCAAGAAGAUCGCGCUGCUUCUCAAUCUGAAGCCAGCCAAGUUCAAGGAUGUCGUCAGCGAGGGAAUGGUCGUGGUCGCAGACAAUGGAGACAAGGACGCACCCGUUGUCUCAUUGUUGUUGAUCAACAACGAUGUGGAGCUUGGCACUCAGCUCAAUGCCCGUGGCAUGAAGGUCAACCCCAAGCCAGCCAUGGACUACGUCAAGGAGUUCAAGAAGUUGGACCUCAAGGUCAAGGAUGGUGUGCUCACCUACAAGGACGAGCCAAUCACCGCUGGCAACCAAUCAAUCAUUUUCGAGGCACCAAUCGCCAAUGGUACCCUUCGAUAA